AUGACAUCUUAUAGCCUGGGACCUUGCUGCUUCCAGGGCGUCAAACAUGAAGGCGAAGCUCACGGACGGUUUGAAACCAUUGGUGACUUUGAAGUCUAUGUUACUGAACCAGCAUCCCUAAAUGGAUGUGGCAUACUCUAUCUCACGGAUAUAGUCGGGUAUAAAUUUAAUAAUGCCAAACUUGUUGCAGACCAAUACGCGGCAAAUGGAUAUCUUGUCGUGAUGCCUGACCUGUUCUAUGGCGACCCGGUGCCCUUGAAUGCCGACAUGGCGACUUUCAACCUCCCGAACUGGAUGCAGGGCCAACUAGGAGCGAAGAAAAUUCCUCACAUACUGCAAACAGUGGACCCGAUUGUCGAACAAUCGCUCCAAACUCUUCGCGACAAGUACAAGUGCAAGAUAAUUGCAGUCGCCGGGUAUUGUUUCGGCGCCAAAUACGCGGUGCGAGCUCUUGCCUCGAGCAAUAUUGAUGCUGCCUUCAUUGCCCACCCUGCCAUGAUUUCCAAGGAGGAACUGGGAAAUAUCAAGGGCCCGCUGGCUAUAGCAGCCGCUGAAAUUGAUGCCAUCUUCCCUGCUAGUGAGCGGCACGAGUCGGAAGAGACUUUGAAGGCGCUCGGAACUCCUUUUCAGAUCAAUCUUUACUCGGGUGUUCACCAUGGAUUCGCGGUGAGAUGUGACCUGAGCGACAGAGUGCAGAGACUUGCGAAGGAGUCUGCUUUCCUCUUGGCACUUCAGUGGUUUGAGGCUUAU